CACACAAAAACAUACCAACUCACCCAAAAACUCUACAACUUUAUCAGUUGUAUUUCAUUUUAUUGUAAAGACUAAAGAUGAAGCCAUUUGUUUCAGCAUUUAUGCUUAUGGCACUUGUCCUCUUGAGCUCUUCUUUCCUUCAAAUCACCAUGGCUGGAUCAAGCUUUUGUGACUCGAAAUGUGCGGUGAGAUGCUCCAAGGCAGGGUUACCGGAUAGAUGUUUGAAGUAUUGUGGAAUAUGUUGCGAAGAGUGUCAAUGUGUGCCUUCGGGAACGUAUGGACAUAAAGAUGAAUGCCCUUGUUACAGGGACAAAAAGAACUCUAAGGGUGAUCCCAAAUGCCCAUAGAGUAUUUAAAGUUGCAUGCAAUAUCCUUAUCAAGGGGUUCAAGAAAAGUCUUAAGUUAAAAUAUAUAUAUCUUAUCCAUGAUAAUAUUUGAUUGAUCUAUGUUGUAAUUAAGGUUUCACAAUAAGAAAGUAGCUAGUAUGCAUCUUUUGAGAGCUUGAGUGUCACAAGUACUCAAAUAUUUCAUAGCUUAUUAUAUUUAGAAAUAUCAAUAUUAAUGCAUUUGAUAUAUAUUGGUUA